UCUCCUGUGCUUGCUCUCCUGCCAGCAAAUAUUUUGUAUCUGAAAGCUAUCCUGCCAGACAACGUCCUUGGUCGCCUUGUCAAUUCAACACACUCUCAUAUUCUUGCACCGCUACCAGUACCAACAGGAGAAGCUCUGCAACCUCAACUUCAGUCAAGAUGAUAUCCUUGAUCCGACUCCUCUCGCUUGCCGCAACAGCAUCCAUUGCCCUGGCGACUUCGCCCCCUCUCCCCCAUCCUCUGAGCCACCGCGACACUUCCAACACCGCGGCCGCUCCCGACCCUGUUCGCCAACUCCUGUACAUCGCUCCCAGCUCAAACACAUGCGCCGGCGCCACCUACCCCAGCGAAUGCGCCGUGUCUUCCCUCUCCGUCGUCCAAGCUAUCGUCGACGGCUUUGCCAAGUACAACGUCAACACCGCCGAGGAACAAGCCGCGCUGCUCUCCUGGAUGGCGUACGAGAGCGGAGAGUUCAAAUUCAACCGCAAUCACUUCCCGGCUCCCGGCCAGCCGGGCCAGGGGACGAGAACCAUGAUGUCGCCGACCUUUGUGCAGCAGUACGCCAACUCGAUCCCCGAGCUCAAGCCCAAGGUCGUCGCCAUCGGGACGGGGUCCAGCUUGAGCGGCGCCCAGGCCGACCAGGUCCUCGCCCUCGUGCAGCCGGACCAGUACUCCUUCGCGGCCGCGGCGUGGUACUACGGCACGCACUGCACGGAUGCGCAGAAGCAGCAGGUCAGGCAGGGCGGCCAGCAGAACUGGCAGGCGGCGUUCAUCACCGGCUGCGUGCAGACGACCGUGGACGACGGCCGAAUCGCGUAUUGGAAGAAGGCUUGUGAGGCGCUCGGGGUGAAGGUGGCGCCAUAGACGGAGGGUGGCUUUCCGGGCGGUUUCCGGGCGACGCGGCAGGGGCUGGCCUUCCUCUGCUCUCCUCUGUGAGAUGUUACGAG